AAGCGGCUUCGCAGUCGAAUGCGAGACGUCGUCGGAGCAGCGUCGCGGUUCAUGCGUUACGAUACAUUUUCUUCGCGACGAUUGUUAACCAUCGAUCCGCUUUACAAACUAACAACGAAUGCCUCGAAACUUGUUCGACAUCGGUCGUGCGAGAAACGAUCGGGGAAAAAACCGACCAGGAUAUGCGGACUAUGUUUACGCGGGAAUUCUCGGAGAGCAGGAUCACAUUGGAAGCGCAUCUCUCUAAUCCUUUCGAUUUACGAGGAGCAUGUCUGUUCGAAGCAUCGGAAUCGGAAUCGGUAAAGCGAUCUCACCUCGGUGAAGCGAUCACGGUUAACGAGUGGCAGGAUUUCUUUGAAUCGCUUCCGAAAGGCUACAGUUGCGUGACUCGCAGCAACAAGUCCUGCGAUACGUUGUGCCAUUGUUUUCCCUAUGUUACCUUGUCUCGGUGCGAUUAAUUGUUCCGUUACGUACUAAAAGAGAGCACUCGAGUAGCGUUCAGUGUCGUAUACAGUGUAUCGGGAUCGAGAAAAGUUUUCGGUUCGAGUUGCCGGUCAACCUGUUAGCCGCGUCGCUCGAGAACGGUACAAAACCGUUCGGGCAGGAACUCUGGAAGAGCAGUUUUCUCGGAAAUGGUAAUAACGACGACAACGACAACGACAACAACUGCGUAGCGGGACCUGCUCCUAGAGGCGAGGAAGGAUAAACGAUGUUUUGACGGUGGUUCGUUUGGGCUCGUUUCGGGGCGGUGUGUUGUUUUUUUUACUCUAUUCUGCGAACGAUGACAAUACGACAACAGCGUGCUCGAUGACGCUACGGUUUCGCGAUUCUGUCAACGAAACGUUGUAAGAUUAUUAUCUCAAACCGGUGAAAAAAGAAAUCGCUCGAACGUGACGAAACGCUGUCUUAUGUGCCAUGCAGCGAUCUCGGAUCGUUUUUCAAGGACUUAAGGAUAAGAAGAUGAGUGAACUCGAAUAUGUUUCUAUUUAACGGACUCCUGAUGCUGGGCUUCGUCGUGGCCACCAUGCCGGACACGAUGGUACUCGGAGCCUCGGGUCCGUUGCUGGUCAUGGAUCAGGACAUUCCUUCGAGGACCUGCCGGUACAGUAGGGUGGGAUCGAUGAUCCAAGUUCGCUGUAGCAAUUUGGGAUUAGAUGAGAUCCCUUCGACUUUGAAGUCGGACAUUCAGAUCCUCGAUGCGUCGGUGAACAGAGUGCGAGAGCUGACGAACAAGAGUCUGGCCUUGUACAAGAACCUAGCCUAUCUCGAUCUCAGCGACAAUUUUUUGCAAACCAUCCAACCGGCAGCGUUCGAUAACCUGCGAUACCUGGAGGUGUUGGAUAUGUCGAAGAACGGUUGCGACGAUCUGCCGAGCAGCCUCUUCCAACUGCCUUACCUUCGCAAGGUGUUUCUAUACAACAAUAAGCUGUCCGACGAUCUCUUUCGACGCGUGGACGUCCAAUCACCGUUGAAUUUUCUUCAAUUAUCGAAGAACAGGUUCUGCAAAAUUCCCCGAUUGGGUCCUCUGCCCACGCUCGCGCAUCUGAAUCUUUCCGAAAACUUGAUCUGCUCGGUAACGCCCGAGGACCUGGCUCCGUUCUGCUCUCUGAGCGCCUUAGACCUAACGAAGAACCCGAUCAAGUUCAAUGCGACAGCCUGCGAGUGCCAAGCGUUCAACUCGUGGCUGAAAGAACGCGCGAUUCAAGCGCAACCGGUCUUCAACUGCACGGAAGAGCUGGAAAGAGGAUGCCCGGCGAAGAUCGAGUUCACGAACAGAACGACGGAACUGUACGAAAGGUGCGAGGAGAUCUUACGGCUGCGGCUCGAGACCGAGAAAGCCAGAAGCACGUGGAUCCUCGUCGCUUCUUGUAUAUCCGUAUUCCUCGCCGUUCUGUUUCUCGGCUUGUUCUGCGUGCAUAAGAGGAACGCGCGGACCAAGAAGAAGCUGAAAGAGGAACAGAAACUGAACGCUAGCAACGCCAACACCGAGCUGUUGAACAGCAACCUGAAUCAGCCGGAGAACACUUGAACACUUGAACGCCCCGCGGACAGGUACCGUCGCGACCACUGGAACCUCAGGUGCAAAGCGGGUUGAACUUUCAGCGAGGAAGCACGCUUUGUUCAAGUGAAUUUCUGCGAGUCGAAUAAAUUUUAACCUCGUCCUUUUCUAUAUGCGAUGCAAUAUGACUGAGAGAGCGAAUGACAGAAAUAGUGUGAAAAUAAAAUAAAAUUGCGGUUGUAGGAAGUAUUAGAAUUGUAAUCCUUCUAGCACGAUACGUAACAUGACAUUUGGACGCGCUUAAAUUUUCCUACGAAAACUCAUGCGUGGGACACUUUUUCUAUAUCCACGAGUCGUACAAUAAUAAUCUCUCGUUUGCACGAAUAAGCAUCAGCUUAUAAUCGUAAUUGUAUUCACGUUUACGUUCGCGUAAAAGACGUAUCUAUAUUCGUCCCUCUUAACAUUAAACGAAAUCGUAUUGUAUAUACACUCGUACAUAUUUAUGUAUACACGUACUUAUGUAUGUAUUAAUUAUCGUAUUUAUUUCUAUUUUAUAAGUGAAAGAUUAAUGAUAUCAUUUUUUCGUUCUUCUAAGGUAUUCGUUAUGCGACAAAAGUUCUAGGAAUUUUCGUUGAGUAUGCGCCAUACGAAGUGUAACAAAAAUUGGAACAAAAACGUCCAACGAAAUACUAGUUUCUAAUAUUUAUAACACUUUUCACGAUUACCGUAAUGUUUUGCUGAUCGAUCAUCUCUGAAAAUUAUUUUCGCGAGAAGCAGCAGUGGCGUGUACUUAAAUUUUAUUUAAAAGUAAGGGUUAACCGUUUCGCCGUUGCAAUUUCCUAGCUUUGGUAUGCGCCGCGUACGGAGUAUAUCUUAAUAUGAAUAUAAAUAUUAAGAUAUACAUUCCUGGAUAAACAUUCCAUGCGCCGUUAACCAAUUGAAGUAUUUGCAUCGAACUGUCGCGUACUAUUUUCAUAAAAUAUUUGAAAUGGCGUUAUUUUCGAAGUGACUAGUUUCGACUUUGUCUCGGCAGAAGUUGCUUUGUUUAUGUUUUAAGAGCUCAGGAUAAGAGACCCGAAUUGGACGUAGCUAAAUAUCAACAAACAUUGCUCGCUCGUACGAUCCGCGAUCUAUCGACAACGAUAACUCUUCGUAUGCGUGCAUAAUGUGUACUUAAACUAUGUUUUAACGCGUUUAUAAUCCAUAGUCUCUCUUACUGUUAGCUUUUAAUACGUAAUAGAUGUAAACGUACCUAUACGUUGUACAAAAAUGUUACCAAAUGUUUGGCAAAUUCCAUUAAAUAAAUCUUAAAUUGAAUUGCCCUUCUUUUUAUCGAAAGACCCGAAGUUAUUUAAUUUUCCAACGCGAUAAAAAUGUUG